GUUGCGGGUUUGUUGUUGCCGAAUGCGAACGGAACGGAAUCGGAAAAACCGGAAAAUGCGGCCCGGCUGAAGACAGUGCGAGCGAGCGAGAUAAAAAUAUUCGGCCGAGCAACAGUGAAAAGCGUUUGAAGGGCCAUAGAUACAAGAUAAUGCCCCAUAGAGGAGUCCACCUUCUCUCCGCCAACCGAUAUGUGAAAAUCGGUCAGUGAAGCCGAAAGUGAAAGUGUGUGAAAGUUCAGAAGUUGGCAGCGAAACAAGGCGAAAUAAAGAAAACCAAACAAACAAAAAGAAAAUGUGAAAAAUCUUCAGAUGUUGUUCUUUAAUGCAUACGAAAUAUUCAAAUAAAUUAUCAUCAGCCUAAUCAACAUCAGCGUUAUUAUCAGCAGGCGGAGCAAGGAAAAGUCGAAGGAAAACUUUUCGUCCUGUAAGCGCAAGAGCAUCGAAGUACCCGGAUGAGUGGUUCUGCUGGUUCCGGCGGAGUGGGCGCAGUGGGCGGUGGUGCCACCCACAUCUUUCGCUCGCUGUCGUCGGAGAGCCAGAAGCGCGAGUGGUCCAAGCGCCUCUCCCUCCGGGGAAUGCGACAUGGAGGAGCAGCCGGAGGUCCUGGAGGAUCUGGCACUUCGAGCCUGGCCAGCAGCAAGGAGGAGAGCAAGCACAGAAAGUUCUUCAGCCGCUCGGCCUCGUUGCGUCAGGCGGGCAGCGGAGGAGGAGGAGGAGGAGGAGGAGGAGGCAGCGGAGUGGGAGGAAGUGGCAGCCACCAGGCGUCCAUGGAGCUGCACGUGCCCGGCCAGGAGGGAAGGGGCGCCGGCGGAGGAGCCUCCUCCGGAGCGGGCUCGCCGCAGACCCAGACCCAGCCGUCGACGCCCAAGAAGUCCAACUGGGAGGUGAUCGAACAUUUCAAUACGAGUGCCAAGGGAGGCAAGGCCGUGGUUAGCAGCAGUUUGAUUGCGGCUGGAAUCACGCGCUGCAACAUCGACGAAUCCAUGGACUCCACCAACUCCAGCUCCACCUGCCACAGCCCCAUGAUCUACCAACGUGACGAGACGCAGCUGUUGCAGCCAGGCGAUGCCAGCAACUUGGAGGCCAACAAUCCGAUGACGAGCGGCGGAGGAGGCGGAACUGCCAAUGGUCCUGUGAGCCCCAGCAUUUCGUUCUGGUUCCGUUUGAACCGCAUUAUCCUGCGCCUCUGCUCCACCCACCAGUUCAAGAAUCUGCAGGUCGAAAUGCUGUAUCAGCGGUAUUUUCUGCGUAUGAAUCAGAGCAACACGACGCACAUUUUGGCCCUGCUUUUGGCCCUCAUUUUGGCCCUAUCCUGCACGCACUUGGUCUUCACCACGCUGCAGCUGCGGCGCAGCACCUCGCUGCUGCUGGAAAUCAGCGAAAUCGGACUGGACGCAAAUGCGACCGUGGGCAACUGGACGACCGCCACAAUGAAGCCCCCACCACCGGCAUCAUCGGAUCAAAUGGCCCGGCACAGCUCCUUUCCGCUCCUGGCCCUCGAUUCCAAUGGCAGCUGGGCGGCAAACGCCGAGGGAGGCGGUGAGCUGAAAUCCGCCCAAAACCGCAACCUCGCCGAUUUUGAAGCGGACCAUAAUGGGCAGUUGGGUGGAGGCGGGCUUGUGUGGCGCCGCCAGAAGCGCAAACACUAUCGACGCCUCCACAAACACCGAUACAAACACAAGUCGCACCAACAGCAUCGCGCCAGAUACAGGAUGCGGGAGAAGCGGAGCCUGCAGGACGUUGGGGCGUUUAAGGGUGGAGGGAUCCGGCCCCAGCUGAUUGUUGACACUGCCCCCAAUGAUGCUGAUGUGUACACAGUUGCGCCGGAUGAUGAUGAUGACGUUGAUGACGGGCGGAGUGCUGGCAGUAAACACAUUACGCAUACGCCGCGUGUCCGCGACUACAAUCAAAUUUCACAAGCGGAACGUGAUGAAGUGUUAAAUGCAUCGUCAAACGCUGGAGCUACAACCGAUAAUCCAGGCCCACCCCUGGGCUACGGCCACCUCAUCUCCCUGAUCCUGAUGCAGGUGGACGAGUCCGUGCUGCUCUUCCUCAUUGUCAUGCUAAUCUGCGGGAUUGUCUAUGCCUUCCUGCUGUGCAUCCUCUCCAAGCCGGCCAUGAACGAGAUCUUCCUGGUGCUCGUGUCCUACGUCAUUCUGGGCACCUUCCUGGCCAUCGAAGUGGCCGUCAGCUAUGCGAUGCAACCCAGCAAAUCCUUCAACGGCAGCGCCUGCUGCAUCGUCCUCAUCUACAUGACCUACACGAUGCUGCCCCUGCGCCUCCGGGAGGCUCUGAUCGGAGGAAUCCUCCUGAGCGUCGUCCAUCUGUACACCUGCCUGAGGCUCACCGCGAUGCAGGAUGAGGUGGUCGAAUUCAUCCACUGGGGGGAGCUCCUCUGCACUUUGGUGGCCCUGCUCCUGGCCAACCUCACCGGCGUCUACACCCACUGGCCGAAGGAGAAGGCCCAGAGAAAGGCGUUCAUCGAGACGAGGCAGUGCAUCGAGGCCAGGCUGCGGACUCAGCGCGAAAACCAACAGCAGGAACGCUUGUUGCUGUCGGUGCUGCCGCGUCAUGUGGCCAUGGAGAUGAAGGACGACAUUGCGGGCCAGCCACGUGACACCCAGUUCCAUAAGAUAUACAUCCAGCGGCACGAGAACGUCAGCAUCCUUUUUGCGGACAUCUGCGGUUUCACCAGCCUCUCGGAUCAGUGCACCGCCGAGGAACUGGUGCGUCUGCUGAACGAGCUCUUUGCCCGCUUUGAUCGAUUGGCUGCGGAGCACCAUUGUCUGCGCAUUAAGCUGCUGGGCGACUGCUACUACUGCGUCUCCGGACUGCCGGAACCCCGUCCGGAUCACGCCCAUUGUGCCGUCGAAAUGGGACUCGAUAUGAUUGACGCCAUCGCCCUGGUGCGCGAGGUGAUGGCCGUGAAUGUGAACAUGCGAGUGGGCAUCCAUACGGGCCGGGUGCACUGCGGCGUUUUGGGCCUGGUCAAGUGGCAGUUCGACGUUUGGUCCAAUGACGUCACGCUGGCCAACCACAUGGAGAGUGGUGGGAUUCCCGGACGCGUUCACAUAACCAAGGAGACCCUGAAGUGUCUGGAUGGCGAUUAUGAAGUGGAGGUCGGCAAGGGAAACGAGCGCAACUCGUAUCUCAAGGAUCAUCAGAUAGAAACGUACCUAAUUGUGCCAGGAGAUAUAUAUAGGCCACACAAAAAGUCCAGAAAUCGCUUGCAGGUCAAUGGCAAUAUUUCCAAAGAACUUCGUAUGAUGGGUCAUGGUACGGCCCAAAAGCACACUUCAAAAUUUGGGUUCGGCGACAGUUCCGAGAGUGCCAAGGAUCCCGAGGAUGAGGUGAAUGAGUAUCUGAUGCGGGCCAUCGAUGCCCGAAGCAUCGAUCAUCUGAGGGCCGAGCACUGCCAGUCCUUGCUGCUCUGCUUCAAGGAUAACGUCCUGGAGAGGAAGUACGCCAGCGAACCAGAUCGCAUGUUGUGUGUUUACUUCUACUGCAGUCUGUUGGUCUUGCUCGGCACCAGCAUAAUGCGGCUGGUGGUGUUCCAGAGCUCCCUGCUGACUCUGGCCUUGUCCACCGGCGCUCUGCUGCUGCUCGGGUUCCUGGUAUUUCUGGUGGCAUGUCACAAAAUCAACUUUCAGCUGCCAUCGGACAUCAAACGCUUCUCAUUGCGCAUUCAUAGCAAUCGCAGAGUAUCCCAGUUGUUCGCCUUUGCGAGUGUCGCUCUGAUUGUCCUUACCACCCUGCUGGCCAUGUUUCAGGAAUCGGGCCGCCAACUGGAGUUGCUCCACAGGAGACGCUUCUGGCUGGACGUGAACGGCAGCCUCAGCCUGAAUGACACGGAGUUCCACACCCAGAUGGCCGCCGCCAAGGAACCCGAUUGCGAUUUCUAUUUGGCCUACAAUACCUUCCUGCUGCUCACGCUGCUCUCGAUGAUGAGCUGCGCCACCUACCAGGUCCUGCGGAUCCUGCUGAAGCUGCUGCUGCUCCUCCUGGCCUCCGGCAGCUACAUGGCCUGCUCCUCCUACUUGUACUCGCGCAGCAGGGAAAUGAGCCAAGAGCUGGCGAACGAGGAGGCCCUGCUGCGCUACAUAAUUGAUUCCAUCUUCCUCUUUGCAUUUAUGCUGGCCCUGAUUUUCCACAGCCACCAGACGGAGGCCACUUACCGCCUGGACUUCAUCUGGAAGCUGCAAGCCACGGAGGAAAAGGAGGAUAUGGAGCACCUGCAGGCUUAUAACCGCAAACUGCUCGAAAACAUUCUGCCCGUUCACGUCGCCGAGCAUUUUCUGAGUCGCGAAAAGCACCUUGACGACCUGUACCACGAGCAGUGCGAUUCGGUGUGCAUUCUGUUCGCCAGCAUUCCCAACUUCUCCGAGUUCUACGUGGAACUGGAGGGCAACAACGAGGGCGUGGAGUGCCUGCGGCUGCUCAACGAGAUUAUCGCCGACUUCGACGAGCUGCUCAGCGAGGAGCGCUUCCGCUGCAUCGAGAAAAUCAAGAGCACGGGCGCCACUUACAUGGCGGCAUCCGGACUCACGGCGAACACCUGCGACCGGGUCAACUUCAGCCACGUGACCGCCAUGGCCGACUACGCCCUCCAGCUGUUCGACAAGAUCGAGGAGGUCAACAUGCACUCCUUCAACAACUUUCGCAUGCGAAUAGGUAUAAAUAUUGGUCCUGUAGUGGCCGGCGUCAUUGGAGCCUGCAAGCCGCAAUAUGAUAUUUGGGGCAACGCCGUCAACGUGGCCUCGCGAAUGGACUCCACAGGCUUGGUGGAUCAUAUCCAGGUGACACAGGAGAUGCAGCAGAUACUGGAGGGGCGUGGCUUCGAGCUCACCUGUCGCGGCAGCGUGGACGUGAAGGGCAAGGGCUCCAUGAUCACCUACUUCCUCAAGGGCAGGAGGCCCAUAGAUGCCAAAGAGCUGGAGCUGGCCAGGACCGAGGUGGAGCCGCCAAAGACCUUGACCUUGGCCAAGGAGCCGGAAAAGAUGGCCGCUGGUACAGCAGCAGAGAAGCAGCAGGAACAGGUCAAGGAGCAGGGUUCCACGGAGCAGGAGGACGACUUGCUGCCCUCGCCCGACAUCGAUAUGAACUCCAAUAUGGAGAACUUGACGGCGCAGCGGAGGAAGUCGCUCUGCCGGCAGCACAAUAUAUCCUCCUCCUUCGGCACAACGGUGAGUAGCUCCACGGGCAUAACGCCCAGCAUUUCGAACAGCUCCAGCGUGGUCACCAUUGGUGCUCUGCCCGCCAUCCUGCGCGGCGGUAAUCCACUGUCGAAUGCGAAUCCCACCGCCACCGACAGCUGCUCGGAGUGUGGGGGCGCCAGUAAGUCCUUGGCCACACCCACUGCUCCGCCGAGGACACUAGUGGCGGAUCUGAAGGAUGAGAUAGCCCGGGACGAGAAGAUUGGACUGAAGGACUCCAUUGAGAACCUGGAGAUCCUGCUCAAGAACAACAUCAGUCUCUCCGACCUGAGCAACAAGCAGCAGCAGAAUCUGCGGGGUGAAACCAGCAGCUCAACCACCACCACCUUGAGGAAAAAAAACACAAUUGUGAGCUUCAACGUGACGGAGACGGUGACCACCACAGCAACACCCUUAACAUCCUCCUCGGGCUCAUCGAACUGCUCCGCGCAGCAGAAGAAGCGCCGCUCGGUGACCACCAUUGCGGCCAGUUUCACCACCUCCACCACCACGCGACUGCUCUCCAACGAGAGCCAGUGCUCCACGCAGACGGCGCCCGGAACGCUGGAGAGCGGUGGCUCGAUGCCCGGCCAAUCCUCCACGGAGAACUCAUCCCAGGACUGGCAGCCCCGCACUGCCUCGCUGGAACCCAACCGCAGUCCAAUCAAGACCUCGCAGUCCAUGAGCCCCAUUGGCCAGCUGACCACCGAGGUGUUUGUGCUGCCCAACAGCCGGAGCAUGGUGCUCAUCAGCAGCACGAACGGAUCGGUGCCCGCACUGGGCACAGCUGGCGGCGGCGCCAGUAGUCCGCGGACCGGACUCCUGCAGGAUGUCAGCACGUAGGCGAUGCGAGGCAGCCGUGUAAAUAUGUACAAACCGAAGGCGCUUCGCUGCGCCUUAGUGGUAGGACUAUCGGUAAGGAUAUGGUAAUGGUAAUGGUAAUGGUCUAGGUAGCGUUAAUGGUUGGGGCAAGGGUGUAGCGUUUGGAUGGUUUAGACUUGCCAGUACUCAGUAGGGUCGAACUUCUUUGGCAGGAUGCGUUUCCAGUUAUCAAAACCACAGAGAACGAUAACUAGUAACUUAUACAUAUAAUAUGUACCUACAAAUUGGCAAGGUUACUUAAGUUUGUUCCAAUAAACUGCAGAUAAAUAAGACAUUCUUUGAGAACCGAAGGAAACAAUAGUUAAGUAAACAGCAAAACUAAAAAUACCCAUAAAAUGCUCACACCUAAAUGUAAUAUCAUAUUGAAAAGGUCUAUGUAACAUGUGUAAGCACGGUGGCAGAACAACCAUUUCAGUUCUGGGUUCUCGCUAGAGAAGUUCGACUGUACCUGCAGCUUCCCCUCCCCUGUACGAUCUCGCAUUUAUUGUAGCUUUAGAUGUUCCUCAGUUAGCGUUUCAGGGCACCAACAACGUGAAUUCCAUAUCACACAUAAACUAAUGUACGAAAGCAAAUGUUGCACUUCCACUGGGUACCAAGGAGCAUUGUUAGAACUGCUAGGCAUUCGAUAGGUAGGUGUAAGUUGGGAGCAGAGUCCUUGCAAAGGAGCGUAGGUGUGUAAGGUUCCUAUGUGUGUUGCAGUAGGGUGUGAAUUGCAGUCGCAUGCGUGCGCAAAAGAAAUCGAAUUUAAUGUUCAUAAGUGUAAAUGAUAAACUACAAACGUCUUCUUAAAUGCAUAAACACAAAUAAUAUAUGAUUGGCAAGUUGGUAAAUUAAAAUGUAUGGUUUAUGCUGGGUAUUUCCAAGUACUUUCACUAAGGAACCCCUCAAGGAAAUAUUUUUCCGUGCUAAAUUAAAUGUUGCAUUCCCCAGCAAAAUAUUUUUACACCGAGCUAAGACAGCAUCCAUUAUAUAUCCUAUCGCUAAUAGGUAUUACAUCGGUUUUUGAGCUGUUCAUAGCUGGUGUGUUCUUGAUAACUAAAACCAAAAAUCUGUCAAUUGAAGAGCAACCUGAAAUGUUUUUGAAUUGUUGCACAAACGAUAUUUACUAGAGUGUAAGCUGAGAUGGGAGAGUAUCUAAUACGUUAUACUCGUAUGUUAAAAUAGCAUUGUUUAAAUGUAAUGUUAAAUGUGUUUCGAUGUCUGUAUGUCUCAAUGUUGCUGAAAGCAUCAACACUAGGUAUAAAUACAUACUUAUAUUUGAAUAAUGCAACUUAAACAAUGCGUACACAAAACGAAAACCAAAGAAAACCAAACAAAAUUCUCGCUGUGAUUUCUAUGAAGAAUAUGAAGAGACGCAUAAAUUAUUUUAUAACCUUUUGUUACUUAGUUUUAACUUGCAGAUUUUACGAAUGCCUCUCGGCCACUUUGACUACGCCUAGCUACGAACUAUGAUUUAACUGAGUACGAAGUAUCCUAUACGUUUAUAUAAUCAUAAGUGUAUGCGUGUAUUGAACUUGUUGUUGAUUAGCUUCGGUGUUCAGUUUCACGUUGGUAAGGCAAAACUAAACCGUCUAAGUAAAUGUUUCAUUGUGCUGUCGACAAAGGAAAUAAAAACAAAGUGUGUUA